AUGGCCCCGGAAAAUGAAAAUCCCUCCUUAGCAGAGCGCACGGAGAAACUGGACUCGAAGGUCCAGUCGACAGAACAACCAUUCGAACCGAAGCAAUAUGAUGAUGAUGGUCAUGGUGGCGAUAUGGCCAGCGGCAGUCCUACGCCAGGACGGCUUGGUUUAUAUCUCAGGCAAUUCGAGCAGUACCUCGUCGAGUAUAAUCUCGAGGCACGUGGACUUGAGCGGGUGCAUGAGAGUGAGCGGAUGAAGAAGCUAUCCUGGGUUUCGUACCUGCAAGCGGCAUUACUCUGGGUUUCCAUUAAUCUGGCUGCCAACAAUAUCACACUUGGGAUGUUGGGACCGGCUUCGUAUGGACUGGGUUUUCUGGAUGCAUCGCUUUGUGCUGUGUUCGGUGCGCUUGUUGGUGCUUCGGUUGCCUCUUGGAUGGCGACUUGGGGUCCUAUUUCUGGGAUUAGAACUAUGGCCUUCGGACGCUAUUCCAUGGGCUGGUGGCCAAGCAAGAUCGUUGUUAUCUUAAAUUUGAUCCAGAUGAUUGGGUACUGUCUGAUCGACUGCGUCGUUGGUGGACAAAUCCUAUCCGCAGUGUCACCGCAUGGAAGCAUGUCAGUUGCUGUCGGCAUUGUGAUCAUCGCCGUCAUUAGCUGGGUCAUAGCGACGUUCGGUAUUCACAUCUUUCACUACUACGAACGCUUCGCCUGGGUCCCCCAACUCAUCAUAAUUUGCAUCCUCUUCGGCGUCUCAUCCUCGAAAUUCGACCUCUCCACCCCAUCCACAGGAGACCCCCGCACAGUCGCCGGCAACAGACUCUCCUUCUUCUCCCUCUGCAUGAGCGCCGCUAUCACAUACGCGCCCCUCGCCGCAGACUUCUUCGUCUACUACCCUUCCACCACCUCCCGAAGAUCCAUUUUCUUCUUAACUCUCACCGGCCUCAUGUGCUCGUUCACAAUGGCCUUCCUAAUCGGCAUCGGCCUCGCCUCGGGCGUAAACACAAGCGCCGCCUACAGCGCAGCGUACAACCAGGGCCAGGGCGCGCUUAUCGUCGAGGGUUUCGCCCCGCUCAACGGCUUUGGAAAAUUCUGCUCCGUCAUCAUCGCCCUCGGCCUAAUUGCCAACACCAUCGCGCCCACCUACUGCACAGGCGUCGACUUCCAAGUUCUCGGCCGCUACGCCGAAAAAGUCCCCCGCGUAAUCUGGAACACCGUCGGCGCAAUCAUCUAUACCGUCUGCGCUCUCGUCGGCCGCAGCCAUCUCUCAGAGAUCUUCACGAACUUCCUCGCGCUAAUGGGCUACUGGGUUGCGAUCUGGUUCGGCAUCCUCCUCGAAGAACAGUAUAUCUUCCGCCGACGCAGUGGGUAUAUCUGGGGGGCGUGGAACGAUCCCUCGAAACUGCCUAUUGGGAUUGCAGGGUUUGUUGCGUUUUGCGUGGGCUGGGUCGGAGCCGUGUUAUGUAUGGCGCAGGUUUGGUAUAUUGGGCCGCUCGCGGGUCUAGUGGGCGAGUAUGGUGCUGAUAUGGGUAACUAUGUUGGUUGUUCAUGGGCUGCUGUGGUUUAUCCGCCGCUGAGGUACCUUGAGCUCAGGUUCAUCGGGCGAUAA